CGGGAAGUGGCACACGACCUGGAGGUUCAAGGGAAGAAAGCAAAAUAGGUAGCGCUUAGCCUAUAUCGUUUUAGUUUGUUUUUCUGGAACGUAUGGGUCUCCUGCGAAGCUUUUUGGCCGAUGGAGAUGGUACUCCGAAUCUCGCCGCAAGCAGUUUUUUCCACUCUGACUGCACCACCGGUGGAUCCGCUGACGCAUCAUGGGCAGGAGCGACCGGAGCUAGCUCGUCCAGCAGCAGCACUCCACAUUACAGACUGGAUAAUACAGACCACCACCACUUCCACAACUUCAUCUUCAAUCUGGGCGGCGUAUCGAGCCAGCAGCUUCCGAAUGGGGAGCUUCAGUCGGGCAAAUUUUCAGCACACAGGAGGACCACGCGGAAUGGGAUUGGCUUCGCUAGGAUCACCAGAACAUCGUUCGAGUUCCACCCGGAUUCGGAGACGGAGCUUUUUCUGCAAGAUGCUCACAGGGAGAAGCUUGUGCAUCAACACGCCAUGGAGAAGCAGUCGGAGAGCGGGACAUGGAGCAACAUUGACCAGCAGAGACUGGACGAGAUGGACGAAAAAAUCGAAAAGGCCGGAGACCAGAUGGGAGACCCCGACGACCCUGUCUCGCAGCAAAUGGCCGCAGAGGGCCUGCAGCAGACUCCACCUUCGAUCCCAGUCACUGGCAGUGGAGGUGGCGGGGGUGAUGGCACAACUACCGGAGGAAGCGCGGUGGAAAACCACCUGCGGAAGCCGCCCGCGUUUCCGACUGGCGACGAACCUGCACUGGGGCCGGCACUGACUGAGGGAGAGGAAAAUUUUGUCGUGGAAGCAAGCGAGCCGCCGGUGGUCGCAAAAUGGGCUAUGCCUGAGGACAGACAAGAUGGCCCACUGAUGCUGGAUCUGCGUCCCUACCGUGGACCAAAAUUGAAGCACAAAGUUGUGAGGUCCGCCGGAUUAGCGCCCAGCGAGGGGGACACGCACGCACACAUUGCGAUCGAAACAGACGAUCCGAGGACGACGACGCUGCAUGACGAAAAGGUGGAAGGCGCCAAGCACCAUGACCGCGACCAUGCUGAUCACACGGAGGAGCUUGCCGACGGAACGCAAGUUUCUGUGCACGUCGACGACGUCGACGAGGAUGAGACGCUCGCCAUGUCAGACGAAGGAUUUGGCAUGGCGCCGCCAAAACUUUUGCGCCACGCACACAAAGAACCGACGGCCGCUGAGGCCGUGGCGAAAGAGCUACAGAAGCGACACAAAAAGGAACUGGAAAGCACGUGGUCCGUCGCGAGGAUGCGGAACGAAAUCAAGAAAAUGGUGAUGACAGCAGCGGGGGCGGGGCGGAAUAAAGCAAAUCAAGGUAGAGAUGCAGAUCCGCUUACGCCCAAAAGCGUUACGCACGCCGGACUUAGUGUUGAGUGAAGUAUCGUCACUCGGGGGAUUUUCCACCUGCUGUAGUUUUCUUGCGCGCUUCAAGAGCCCUAAAAACCAGGUAGGAAGUGAGAAUGGAAUUGAUCAUGAGACAAAAACCAAAACUAUAAAAAUGAAAAUCCAAGUGCGCGCUCGAAUAGCACGGCCUGCCGACCGACGUUCCCGCCUUGAAGAUGCAAUAGUAAUAUCGAAAUGCCAGGAGCAGG